AUAUUACCAGGCAUACAAUACUCAUAUAAACAAAAACAACAUAAUAUUCUUUCUCGGCUUUUUAUCUUUGUCCCGGGUUAUCACAGUUUAUUGAUUCAUUGCUCUCGCCGCUGUAAUGGAUGUGUUCUAUAUUUUUUUCAUAAUUUAUUAUGUGUUCUAAAGAAUACAUUAAAUAGCUAGAAAAUUAAUGUAGCUAAUUGGCUAUCAGAUUAAGCAAAACCACGGCAUCUGCUUUAUAUCUUGAAACAAAGUAAUUAAGGAGAUGGAUGCCAUGUUAUCUGUCCAGACGUAAUAAUAAUUCAGCAGAAUGAAUAAAACUGUAUGCGCUAUCUCUAUGUUGGAUGCAGUAGGUCCACUGUGUAAACAAAAGUGCAGUAUAGGUAACAAACGUUUCUCCAAAACACCUAUUAUUUUUUAAAGAAUAAUUUAUUAGCUGUGAUUAAUUUCCGCCUACCCGCACGCGGGCAUCGUGCGGCGAUGUAUUCGCCAAUACAGAAUAACGACAAUGGACUCUCAGACAGCGAUACGGCGAAUGAAAUGGAUAAUGUGCACUUUUCAACUGAUUACGUAGCGAGUGAUCUGCUGGACAGCCAUGUCCGCGGCAAUAACAAGCUGCCCGAGCCCACGAUGGAGAGAUCCGCCACCAGCCUCGACGCCAACAGCGUGGACAUUGGAGAGAUUACGGAAUCUCCAGACACGGAUUAUAUGAGCACGUCGGCUAUAUUACACUACUGUAAAUCUAAGAUUCUAAUUCCGUAUCUGAAGCUGCUGACGAUCAUGGGGCUGCGGCCGGUGGUGGAGGCGGCGCACUCGUCGCGCUGCGCCGUCUACUUCUCGCACCUGCACUCGGCGCAGGUCGCCGUCUUCAUGGUCCUAGGAUAUAUUCUGCAGUAUAUGGCAUGUUUUAGACGUGACCGAGGGUUCUGCUACAAGCUGGUCCCACUAGCACUGACGUCAUCGCUGGAGUACGAGUCGUACAAGCAGGUGUGCUACGGCAACGUGACGUUCACGUACGUGGGCCCGAGUGUCUUGCACUUUGUGGGCUUUGUAUACUCGCUGUAUCUGUUCCGGAUAUCCGAUAAUGAACAGCUGCAGAAUCUGAUGGAGAGGGUAUUCCUCUUAUCGUCCUACGCGCCGCAGGGCUCGCCCUCGGCCAACCCCAAGCGGCUGCUGCGCGUGCUGUGGUGCUUCAUCGUGCUGAGCGCGCUGUGGAUGGGCCUGUCGCUGUGCUCCGUCAACCUCAUGAUGGCUGAAGGCAUGAUCAUAUUCCGGUGGAUGGAGGGUUGUUCCGACGAAUGGAAGCUGGUGCUCAAGAUCCUCCUCAUCGCGUGCACGCUGAUCCACGACAUGGUGCAGGCCACCGUCACCACCAGCUACUGCCUGCAGGCGCGGCUGCUGCAGGCGCACCUCAUGUUCCUCAAGGAGCGGUUGCUGAAUAGGACCAUCACGCCGCUCAAUUGGAUGAGGGAGAUAGCCGAAUUCCGCAAGCUGCUGAAAUACCUGAACGACGACCUGGCCCCAGCGGUGUGUCUGUUCACGAUCGUGAACGUGUCGUGGGCCGUGUCGGGCGCGCUGUGGCUGCUGGACCUGGACCGGGUCGACACGGAGACGGAGCCGAUCCGGGGCAUCAGCGUGCUGAAUGUGCUGCUGUGGCUGUCCGCGUCUGCUGUGCCGUUUAUACAGGCAGCGCGCCUCUCCCACGAGGGCCGUCUCACCCAGUCAGUGGGCCACGAGCUGAGCGUGCGCCCCUUCCUGCACCAGGACACGGCUCAAGAAGACAUCACCACCGUGCUGAUGUUCGCCUCCACCCUCAAGCUACAGGCCAAGCUGUUCCAUUACCCCAUCGUCAGCCGGUAUCUAUAUCUAGUACUCACGUUAGGAACAAUCGUUUUGUUCUCGCUUGGCAUGUGCCAUUAUUUACAGUGAUACUGUAUGAAAUGUUGAUUAUUGAUUUUAAGUAAUUAAUUGUAAAUAGUACAUAAUUAUAAUGUUAA